AUGACUCCAACUCCUGCGCCACAGACAGCAAGCGACCUUGGAAUGUCUUCAGUUGAGUCGCCGCUCAGAUCCAGAGAACCAGGAAAUGUUUUGUUUUCCCAAUCGAGCAUGGACAUUUCUUGCCGCGCUUCCGAAGUACCAGCCUCACCCGCCGACGAGUGGGUUGGCUCAGGGAACGCGAACGAGCCUUGGGUCGAACUUGGCCUUCCAGGCGACGUUGUGCAAACGGAAGGAAUCAUGGAGAACUUGGAUUUGAUGCAGGACUUGCUCAACCAACCAUAUCUCGGGAACUGGCUGGACGGGCUUGACGACUUCCCUCCAAUGGAUGAAAUCUGGGCAAUCAGUACUUCAGACCUGAUGGACACAAGCAACCAUUCGGUGAAGACCGCUCUAGAUGCAAUGAGAAGUCACUUGCACACACCGUCGGAAGGAAACUCUUCUUUCCCUGAAGAAGAGAAAUGGCGGUGGUAUUCGACCUCGCCACAGUUAAACAUUUAUGACGAAGACGUCAUCAACGUACUUCUGAACCUGGCCAAAAGACACAUUUCGGCCAGUUUUGCCAUAUUCUCCGAUUUUGAAGCAAAACGAGGCACUAGAACAGAGCUUUUCCUUGCGAUGGCUGCUACGGCUUCUUCUCAAUGA